GAUAGCCAAUUACAUGGAGAGACAAUCGGAUAAUUUAUUCAACGUUUUAAAAGAUAUUUUAAAAGGACCAUAGCUCAGUUCGACUUUGUGCAUACAGGAUUAAACUCCAAGUUAAAAUGGCCAAUCAGUGGACUAAAGAAGAAUGGCGAGCUAAAUUCAAUAACUUCGAUAGUGACCAUAGCGGAUGUAUCUGUAUGCGGGAGUGCAAGCGGCUGCUGCAGUAUGUCGGACUGAACCCCACUGACGACGAGAUCCAAGAAUUCAUGAAGCAGGUAGACAAAAACAAUGACGACGAGGUGGAUUUCGAGGAGUUUUACGAGUAUGUGAAGACUCUGCAAGACCCUACAGGUGAACUACGGGCUGCCUUUGAACUGUACGACACUAAUAAAGAUGGCUUCAUAGACAAGCAGGAACUCAGAGCGAUUCUGCAGAAUGGGGCAGAAUGUUCAGAGGAAGAACUGGAAGAUCUUUUCAAACUCGUCGAUGAAAAUGGCGACGGCAAGAUCGGAUAUGAAGAGUUCAUCACGCUAUUCACACAGACCUAGUCAGAUGGACACCUGUGGACCAAACAUUACUUCUUCCUGUACGCCAUAGUGUUACACGCGAAUAUGACAUUCAACCUUUCAUAUAAGAACUGAUCUUGUGUCACAGCGAAAUGUUUUGAAUUAUUCCGCUUUAUUAAAUUUGUUUUGUUUUUAAAUAAAUCAGCCAACGUGAUACUCGGUGCGGCCUAGAUGCUUUCGUUUAUUGUUACACAAAGUGUGCUUUUCGUUCGUGUAUGUGUGUACAGUUGAAACUCUGCGUAGAGUAGGCUUGUGUUAGCUCACAUGAAUGAUUUGCCAUAAAGGUGUGUCUCAGUAACAAACUGCUCAAAUAUCACUGGAUCAAGAUAUGUUAUAUUUUCGCGCCUUUGUGUAUACCAUUAUUAUAAAUAUACAUUAGCCAUUAUGUGAUAUGCCAUAAAGUUAGGUGCAUACAUGAAUAUGUAUAUGUAUAUGAAAUAAAAUAUGUGAGUUUUG